ACAAUGAUGUUCUUCAGUGAGUCAUUUCAGUUCUUGCAGUUGGUCACAUGCGCUAAAGUCAUGCCAUUCUUAACUUGGGCUGAAAAUGAGGAACUCUACGGUUAUUAUUAAUGGACAUUUAGACACACAACAGCAUAAACACAUGUCUCCUGGAUUUAAAGUCAAAAAAAGGAAACUGGGUCCGUGGAAAGAUUCUUCUGAAAGACCCAUCAGAUUAUCCUUAAAAACCUAAGUUCAAGCAUGCAGAGUCUCUUCUGGCCCACCUCCAGCAGGACAGCUAAUCUGGUUUUACUAAUCUUAGUAUGCAUCAAAGAGUGCAUAUCAAUGCCAGACCCUCAUCAGAGAGACCUGAUGCUGAAACAAGAACUCGCCCAGCAAGUAGGGGGCAGCGUGGAGCUCACACAGGCAGAAGAGCAUCUGGACUCACUCCUACACCAGUUAAAGAUAAAAGAAAUGGCUAUUUCACCUUUCCCACCUGCCAAACACUUCUUCAAAGUGCGACACCUCAUUCAAAAAAGCCCUGUCUUCAAGCUCCUACAGAAAAUGCCGAAAGGUGCCGCCCUCCACAUCCAUAGCUCCGCACUGGUGAGUGCCAAUUGGCUGGUGCUUAAUGCCACAUACAGGCCUUACUGUUAUAUCUGCUUCACAUGGGAGGGGUCAGUGUGGUUCCAGUUCUCCGCCCAUACACCCCUUCCACGUUUGGGGUGUUCCCUCUGGAGUCGACUGGACACAUUGAGGGCCCGUCUGAGUGAUGUCACUGCUUUUGACAAGAGUUUAAUGCAGAAUCUUACACUUUUCACGGAUGAUCCGGAAACAGCUUAUCCGACACAGGAUGCAGUAUGGGAAAGGUUUGAGAAGAUCUUUGUAGCUCUCUCUGGGUUGGUCACAUAUGCACCAGUCUUUAAGGACUACAUCUACCAGGGUCUGAAGGAGCUCUAUGAAGACAACAUCAUGUACCUGGAGCUGAGGGUUGGACAGUCCAGGGCCUAUGAACUUGAUGGGACUACUCAUGAUAAAGCCUGGUCUCUGGAGGUCUACAGAAACCUCACAGAGCAGUUCAGAGCGGCUCAUCCCGACUUCAUAGGAUCUCGUAUAAUCUACUCCAUACACAGAUCUCUCAGUGUGUCUAAAGUGAAGCAGGCAGUUCAAGAAGCCAUAAAAAUGCAGAGACAAUAUCCAGAUGUCCUUGCUGGAUUUGACCUGGUAGGUCGUGAAGACACCGGAAGAUCAAUCUGGUACUUUAGAGAGGCUUUAUCACUUCCUUCAGAGCUUAAGAAAGAUCUUCCUUUCUACUUCCAUGCUGGAGAGACAGAUUUAGAUGGUACAGAGGUGGACAGGAAUAUUAUAGAUGCCUUGCUGUUUAAUACGAGUCGCAUUGGGCAUGGCUUUGCACUGGUACACCAUCCAGUGGCCAAGAAGCUCUCCAGAAACAGGGGGGUGGCAGUCGAAUUGUGUCCCAUUUCCAAUCAGGUCCUAAAUCUGGUCUCAGACCUUCGAAACCAUCCUGCUGGAGUGCUCAUGUCAGAUGGUCAUCCUGUAGUGGUGAGCUCUGAUGAUCCAACACUGUUUGGCACCACUGGACUUUCCUACGACUUCUACGAAGUUUUUGUGGGAAUUGGAGGGUUGAGUGCUAAUCUGGGUACUUUAAAAGAGCUUGCAAUAAAUUCAAUCAGGUACAGUUCAUUGUUGCCACAACUAAAGGACAAGGCUAUGAAAGUAUGGCAGGAAAAGUGGGACAAAUUCAUAUCAGAUAACUCAAAAUUGUAACAAAAAGCAGAGACCUCCAUCCCUCCAUCCAGAGUUCCAAUCUCACCAAAGAACAGUCGAUCAACCACAAGUAUGCCCAUUACAGACGGACUCCUGAAGUCCAGACCGAGCAGAGGUUUAUGAUCACACUCUUAAAACAGUGCACAGGAAUACAAAAACAAAUGCACACACUUACUUUUCUGGCUGUGAAAAGUCAUUUUGAUCAUACCACCUCUGUGGGAACAACUCGUACAUGCACCAGAGCGCCCAGUCAAAGCCAUGUGCAGCGGCAGGAUAUUUCGUUACUGAGAGGUCAUGAAAAUUCACUUUGUCAAACACAGGGCUCAGGACCACCGUGCGGUCCGCCUGGAUACGAGCAAGUAAAGGCUCUGCCCUAUAAGGGAACAGUGGUGUAUGAUCACAAUAAUAAACUGAAAACAAGCCCAUUUUAAACACCAUGUUUUCUAUAUUUUUAUGAUCUUACAGGUAUUUGUUUGCAAUAAUACAAAAGUACUAUUUAGGAUUGGAUUAAAUAAUGUCAACUGAGCAGUUCCACACCAUUGGACAUGGACUUCCACGUGAGCAUCCAAAAUGGCAACUACAUCUGCGGUGGCAGCCUUCCACCCUGAGAUUCGAGCCUGGCUGAGACCUCUUUGCUCUGAAUGAGACACCAGCUUCACCAAGUUUGAAUGCUUCUGAUUAAUGGAUGUGACAUAGAUGUACAGCUGUGUCUUCAAAUCUUCUGUAAAGGAGACACAAUCUACACUCUUAAGAACAAAGGUGCUUGAAAGGAUCUUUACAUUUAGCGAUGUCAUAGAACCAUUUUUGGUUCCCAAAGAAUCAUUCAGUCAAUGGUUCUUCUAUGGCAAUGUGAAGCACCUUUAUUUUUAAGAAUGUCCUAAAAACAUGCACCUGAAUUUUUUUGGUUAUUUUUGCUUCCACUGAAAUCUUUCAGCAAAUAUUAAUACAGGCUACAAAUUAAGCCUUCACAAACAGAAGUAGGAAGCAGGAUAUGCAAAUAUAUAAGCUCUUGAGAGAAUAAAGAAUAAUGUAACAAUCAAUAACAGGGGUUUGGUGGGCCUGUUUGUUUUUAAGGGGAAACAAACCAUUUGUGCUGUGGUCGUCCACCAGUAUGAUCUCUUUGAGAAGAUGGGCUGGAGUUCUGUUAAUUAUGCUACAAAUGGCUCUUUGAAGGACAGACAGAGCCUCAUCCAGAAAAAUCAACACCACACCGAUGCUGGGCAGAUUCUCUGGAUAUUCACGUCCAAUGCAUCUGCAAAAGCAUAAUGGAAAAUAUACAGUUCUAUUAAAAAAGAAAAAACAGUAUACAAAUAAAAGUGAAGAAAGUGCAGAAAUGUUAUAAAUAGAUGUUAUUUUCUUAUUUCAAAUCUACUGAAAACUUUACACAUGCAUUUCCAAGCAAAGCAUUAACAAAAUGUAGAAGUGUGUUCUUGUUCUUUCAAAGGGAAGCAAAGAAAAUUAAUAUUAAGAUGUUCAAAAAAAAUAGC